CGGAUAAGUUUUUAUUUCUUUUUUUAAUCUUUUUUCCAUUCUUUGGAUGAUGAUGGUGAAAGAGCGUGUCCGGUGGUACGGUGCCUGUCCCACCGAAGCACGGAUGGCUUUCCAUCACGCGAUUCACUACCAGUCUCUGGUUACGUUCCGUUCACAGGCCAAAGUUCAUCGUUUUACUUGCCACGAACUUUCCGAGCCAGCCCAGCCAACGGGACAAGAAGAUUUCCUCGUUUUAGUUAACUCGAGGCCAACUAAACGCCUCGGGAUCGCACUAUGCGAUCGGAACCCUAGCAAUGAACAACUACUCUCGUCGUUAUCGCCUCCCUUCCAACCCUGCCACGAACUUCACCAACACCGCACCCUCGACCAUUUUGUCAAGACCGCGAUUGCCGCUCAGAACUUACAUGAAACCGAAAAAUUCUUACAAUCUUGCUAGUCUUGAUCCCUCGGCUUUCUGUCGAUCGAAACGAUUCAAAUCCAGGAAAAUCAGUGGCUGCCAGAAGAUCGACGUCGUCAAGAAAAAAACUCCGGACUACACGGAAAAUGCGUACCGGGAAGCUGUUUCCAAACUCAAGUACUUGCUCGCCGAAACUUACGCACCGAGGCUGCUCACCGGGAAACCGUCCCGCGAUCGUGUGAUUUAUCGGCGAAGCAAUCUCCGAAUCAACGAAACACCCGAAGAUUCGGACGAUCGUAGCGUCAGCGAUUGUUCACGCGCCAAAGCUUUUCCCGGCAAUCAAUUCGAGGAUGACAACGCGUGUUCAACGACCGAAAAGAAUCGCCGGCUCGUCGCCACUUCUCAGAACUCCGUUGCAUAUCCUGCUCGUGAUAUCCAGUCUUCACCAUCCGAAUUGACCUCGUUCAUAGCACGACAGGAAGAAUAUAUCGAGCAGCUCGAACAAGAGUCACGAUACUGCAAGGAUGAGUUGAAAAAUUUGUUGGAAAAAAUUCGUGAGGUAGUUGCGGAGAACGAGGCCUUGCACGACAAGAACAAAGCUGGUUUGUUGAAGUCGUUUUUACGAGAAUACGAUUCGUUCGAGGAAAACAAAAAGCCAGAAACGGAAAAUCAAGGAACAUUGGAUAGCGGAUCGAAUUCAGGGAAAAAAGUGCGGAUUCAUCAGAGGCUGGAAGGUCCGAACAUCGUUUUCGAGUCGCGGAUAAGCGAGCUGGAGGCGCAAUUGACGCAGGCGAGAAUAGAAUUGAAAAAAGCUCGGGAAGACAAUGAAACGUAUUCGAAGAGACUCGCUGAGAAUAGUGGCAAUCAAGCGAGUCCAGAAUUUGUUGUGCAAUUGGAAAACGCUUUACGCGAGAAACACGAGUUGAGCGUUAAGCUCGACGAAGCCUUGAGGAGUCUUCAGGCUAUGCGCGAUCGUGAAAAUGAAUCGACACAGCGAGCCAAAAGAGCCACGAAUUUGGCGCAACAGUCGGAUUUCGACAAAUAUCAAGCUGACGCAGAGAUCCGACGCUUGAACGACGAGCUCGAUAGGCAGAGAGAAAAAUUGCGGGAAAUAGCCCAGGAAACCAGCAGACGCGUUGCCGAGGAACGGCAUCAAGUCGAACGGCGUUACAGCCAACAGGUCGAACAAUUAUCCGCCGAUGUUGCCUCUCACUGGGACGCCGCGAGCAAAUCUCAAAUGGAAACGGAAAAGCAGCGUCGCGAGUUGCUCGAUCUCAAGAGAGAUCUCGGCCAAAAGCAAAUGAUGAUCGAUGACUUGAAAAAAGAACUUCAGAAUAAAAUUGCAAAUUUGCAGAGCGAUCUCAAUCAAGCUAUUGCGGAAAAAGACGCCGCGGAUCAAGAAAUUGCAGCCGCUAAACUGACUGCUGAAAGAAGUGAAAGACACUUGCGUCAGGAACAAAGUCGUUGGCAGGCUGAAAUCAAUUCGUACAAGCAACGAUUGGAAAGAGCGGAUGCCGACAUCGUUCACUGCCGGCGGGAGAAUUUACGACUGUCCGAGCAAAUUGCUUCCCUCGAGAAAGAGGUGAAUAUGACUAAAUUGCUGAACCCACCGGAAUCCCAACCACCGGUAGGAACUCCAAGGCCGGAAGGAGAAAAGGAUUUAACGACAAUGAUAAUGGACAUUGAAACAAAACACGCUGCUACAGUGACUGGUCUAGAAGACGUUCUGAGCAAUCAGGCGAAGCUUGUCGCACGACUGACUGCCGAAUGCCAAUCUCUCACACAUCGUUUGGAAGCUAACGACCGCACUCACAAGGAAGAGAUGGCCAGCUUACAAAGCAACUUAGAGUAUCUCUCAACCAAAAUCCAUGAUACUUUAGAAAAUAAGAAAGAAGCUGAACAUGCUGCCAUCUUCGAUAGGGAAAACACACAGCACAAUAACGAGAAUAAUGCAAAAGAUCCACAAGUUCCAGGCCCGAACGAAUAUCCGGACUCGGAAUAUCCUCAAAUUUCGAAUGAUAAUUCGAACAAUACGCAAGUCGAAGGUUCGCAGAAUUACAUGGGCAACGAAGAAAAAUACGAAGCCCAAGAAUAUCCUGUUGAUAAUGAAAAUUAUUCUACCGAUUAUAAUGACCAAGGUUACGAUCAAUACGGUCAAUACGAUCCAUCCAUGUAUCCGGAAAAUUCGAACAACGAACCAACGGGCCAACAACCGGCUGAAGGAAAUCUUCCUUAUGAACAAAAUCAACAGCAGUACGAAGAUUACCCGACUGAAAGUUAUACCGAUAAUACUCAUCAACAGAUUUCUUCAGCUGAUAAUCAACAAGAGUAUGAACAAUCGUCGGUUCCUACUGAUUCGAAUAAUUCUCAAGGCUAGAGUCUCGUUUUAGUCCUCAUCUUGUUAAUCGUAUAUUUAAAAUAGGUAUCUUGAUGAUACAUCAUUUAAUAAUAAAUAAUGUAUAGUAUGUUAUGAAAACACAUUUGUGGUUAAUAAUAAAUGAUAAAUUAAGAAAUA